ACUACGAAACACUUGCCAAACCAGUAAGCUUGGGGUGAGACGAUAUGUAACUGAUAUGAAAUGAAUUAAAUUUCUUGUCUAACUCGGCAAUAAGCAGACCCAUACUUUAGACAUCUUGCGCGGUGGGUGUCAAUUUGGGGUUCUGAAAACUCUUCUAUCGGACAGCAAACUGAAUUUUCCCUGCCUGAGCUUUGAUUCAAAGAAAAGACAAAAUGAAGACAAUUGUGUUGCUCAUGAUGACUGUGGCCGCUAUCUCCGCGACAGUUGCUCCAGAGGACGACGAUGAGAUACUCUACGGUACCUUUCCCGAAGGAUUCGCGUGGAGCACUGCCACCUCGGCCUACCAGAUCGAGGGAGGGUGGAACGCAGGUGAUAAAUCGGUAAACAUCUGGGAUACGUUCACCCACGCGGGAGGCAAUGUUGCGAAUAAUGCUACCGGGGAUAUAGCUUGUGACAGCUAUAAUAAGAUUACAGAGGAUGUCCAGCUCAUGAAGAACAUGAAGGUAACCCAUUAUCGUUUCUCGGUCUCCUGGUCCCGGCUCAUCCCCACUGGCGGCAGAAACAUCAGCACCACCGGUUUAAACUACUACAACGCCCUCAUUGACGCCCUGAUCGCGGCCAGCAUCAAACCCGUGGUGACCCUCUACCACUGGGAUCUCCCACAAGCUCUGCAAGACAUCGGGGGCUGGGAGAAUGAAGCACUCGUAGACCAAUUCUAUGACUACGCCUACAUGGUCUAUUCUUCAUUUGGAGACAGGGUGAAAAUGUGGAUCACUUUCAACGAGCCUUUCGUGACCUGCUGGUUAGGAUACGGAAUCGGAAUCCACGCUCCAGGCAUCAGGCAACCGGGCGAAGCCAGUUACAAAUGUGCACACACUAUCCUCAAGUCUCAUGCAAAAGCUUGGCGACUGUACGACUCAACAUUCCGAUCAUCACAGAAUGGUAAAUGUGGCAUCACCCUAGACUCGGACUACUUCCAACCAAAGGACCCCAGCAAUCCAGCGGACGUUGAAGCAGCGGAGGUCGCCCAGCAGUUCAAGCUGGGAUGGUUCGCCAACCCAAUAUUUAAUGGAGACUAUCCCGAAGUGAUGAGGGAGAAGGUCUAUAAUAAGAGCAUGGCCCAAGGCCUGUCGGUAUCGCGUCUGCCAACGUUCAACCAGACGGAGAUUGACAUGAUUAAAGGAACUCACGAUUUCUUCGGUUUGAACCACUACACGACAAGGCUAGUGACCAGCGCUACGAGUCCGCUGAACCCUCCUAGCUAUGAGAUGGACAGGGAUGUUGUAGAGUCUAUUGACCCAACGUGGCCAACGUCUGGGUCAAGUUGGCUCUUUGGCGUGCCCUGGGGCUGCAGGAAGCUACUCGGGUGGAUCAAAAAUACCUAUAACGACCCCGAGAUCUUCAUUACAGAGAACGGUGUCUCUGAUAGGAACAGCUCGAUGGAGGACACGCAUAGGGUUUGGUACUACAAGAACUACAUCAAUAACGUGCUCAAGGCGUACAAGAUUGAUGACGUCCGUAUGAUCGGCUACACCGCCUGGUCUCUCAUGGACAACUUCGAAUGGGCCACGGGUUACGAUGAGAAGUUUGGUUUGCACUACGUCGACUUCACCGACCCCACGCGGCCGAGGACCCCAAAAGCAUCAGCCAAAUUCUACACGGAAUUGAUCGAGGCCAAUGGUUUCUCCAACAGCGGCCAAAAGGUGACGCCACUGUCAUUAAUGGCCUUGACAUUGGCCUUGGCUAUCGCAGUUUUCUCCACUCAGAGAGAGUAUAGUUAGGUGCAUGAAUGAUGCGCACAAUAGAUUCAUGAGGAACUCUGAAACCAUCAAAAGCAACAAGAACCAAACUUAGCUACAGCAUCAUUUCCAUCAUCACGAUCAGGAUGACUGGACCACCUGCCAAGAUUCAUCCUGUCACCCUACAGUAGCGUUUGAUAAUAAUAACAAUUUGAAGUAGAGAUUUGUGGAAAUUGUGUAGACAUCUGUAGUUUUCGAGAAGACAUCCGUCGCGUCAAAAUAAAUGCAAACCUUUUGA